CCCUUCUGCAAUGACGUCACUGGUUGCCAUCAGCCCACCGAGCUGUCCAUGAGAAAAGCACGAUCUAUGAAGGGGCGCUUGCGCCUUUCCUAAUGACCUCCUGUGCGGCGCUCUUGGGCUUUCCAGCGGAGAUUCGACGAAAGCUCUGCUAUCCUUUCGGUCACAGCUCGAGUUCCACUGUGACCAGACGAGAUGCGACCGUGGCACUCGUCCGCGGACCACUUCUUCCGGAAAGUUAAACGGCCACGAGAUCGCGAGAACAUUUAACGAGAAGUUAGAUCGUAACGGAAACAAAUCUGUCGCGAUAUAUCCUGGUGCGCGUCGGAUGUAUCGCAAUCGAAAUUUCGUACAACGUGCGACGGUUUCCACGAGAAAAAGCUCCUCCUAAAAAGAGAGAAAGAAAGCUUCUACGCCGUGGUUUACGCAGUCAUUAAUUGUUCAUCGGCGUUCCGUGCACGAGCACGUUUUCGAUUCGAUUGAUCGAUAACCGUGAAUUAGGUCGUGCACAAGUCGCGCCCCGACAGUGAAAACAUACGUAUAGAAACCACGUAGGGUGAAGAGAUUCUUGAUUGGCGUUCGAACGGGCACCGGUCGACGUCUUCGACGAUCUUAUAUGCCUUGGACAAAGUUGACGUAUAUGAUGAAAUUACAGUUGCUUGUAAUCGAAACGGAUUACUGUUGGAGGAAAGCGUUGCUUAGGAUGGUAUUGGACCCCAAGGUUACGAGUCUGCACAGCGAUUACGGUAGCUUCGAUCGACCAUUGGGCACCGGAGAGGGCCACGAGAGGGACGUCGAAGCGGCGGUUGAUGGAAGCAGCAACGGGAUGGCACAGUCAAGCGACGUUUACCAACGGCAGCCAUUAUUACCUGGUGCCCCGACCAAAGGCAAGGACAAGUGGUCCGGCGUGGCGUCCGGCUCAGACUAUUACGUGGACGACGAGGACGAGAAGAUAGACGGUCUUGGCCGCCAUCCUGGGAUACCUAACGGCUCUGGGAAUGGCAUUGUCAAGGUCGACAUACCUGCGCCACUUCGCGAAGAACCCCGUUUCCCCAAAGAGAAGUGGAAAACCUUUAUUGCAUUUUUAUUCAUGGUGGUGAAUUUCAUACUAACCACGGCGUCCCUCGCAAUAGUGCACGAGCGGGUCCCGGAUCGAAACACAUACGGACCGCUCCCGGAUGUGGUAUUGGACAAUGUCGCCGCUCAGGAUUGGGCCCUCAACGUGUCGGAAGUUUUGAUUAUGUUAAUGUCCAACUCGGCGAUGGUUUUUAUUAUUUUCCAUAAGCAUAGGUUUAUCGUUGUUAGGCGAGUAUUUUUUUUGAUGGGGUUGUUAUACAUGAUGCGAAGUAUCACGAUGUUCGUGACGGUACUACCGGUAGCCAGUAAGACGUACUUCUGCAGCCCUAAAGCGAACAACACCAGUCCGCUUCUCGUUACGAAGAGGGUCUUGCAGCUAAUCUCUGGCUUCGGCUUGUCUAUAAACGGCAAGCACACUUACUGCGGGGAUUACAUUUACAGCGGUCACACAGUUGUGCUUGUACUUAGUUACCUGAUUAUCAAGGAGUAUUCCCCGAGGAGAUGUCAACCAAUCCAUUGGGUGGCAGGAAUUGCGGUUCUUGUUGGGGUAAUUAUGGUCUUAGUGGCUCAUGGACACUAUACGGUGGACGUCCUCAUAGCAUACUACGUAACCACAAAUUUAUGGUACAUUUAUCAUACGCUAGCCAAUAACGCGCAUCUUAAGCAAUACGAACCAAACAACUUUAUGACCCGGUUCUGGUGGUUUUUUAUUUUUAAAUAUUUCGAGAAAAAUGUGGGCGGCACAGUGCCACGACAAUACGACUGGCCUUUACCCUGGCCUCGACGAUUCCUUGCCAAGCACCCCAAUCGGGACAGUUAAUGUCCGUCUUAAUCUCACGAUGGAGGCUGUCAAACAACGGAGUUACUUUUGUUGUAUUUGUAUAUAUAUAAACAUAUAUGUAUACGUAAUAGGCUUACAAUGUGGAGAUAAAGCUUUACUAGAAAGUGGUGCGAGAGAUGUGCGUAAGCUUUCGUCAAACUUUUGUCUCGAGACAUGACGAAGGUUUCUGUAGUGUUCACUUACUUGAAACUACAACACGAACGAUAAGCGAAACAAAAGGGAUGCUUGUACCGUCAUGUUCGUUAUCGUCCAAUCGCGAAACCUAUUUUUCCUUGAUUUUGAUACGACUUAUACAUAAUGUAAGGGAUAGAUAACGAUAGACCGAAAAUUAGUCCUCACGAAGAAUUCACUUAGAGGGAGGUGUCCGAGAGUUACCGAACAGAGUAGUGUAUAAAAUAAAUGAUAGAUAUCUCUAUUUUCAGAUACUCCGAAUGCGAAAUACUUAGGAUAUAAAUUUACCGUUGUACCGCAACACGGUCAAGCGUGCGAAAACAGUCGGAAACUGUCAUUGUUAACGGUAGAAUUAACGCAAGAGACGAAUUUUUUUGUAGCUCUCGUUUCAAACAACGACACGAAUGAAAAAUUCAAAGCGUUGCUGCGCGUUCAAAACGCGCGGCUUUGUUUGCCGCGUAACCUUCCUGUGGCUAAUCUUUUGAAACGCGUUCUAAUAUUAAUCGACUUCCAAAUACCAAGACGACGCGUUUAUACUUAAUGCAACGGCGCCACGCCUUAUUCCGAUGAAAGUCAAUCGAAUUAAUUGAAUCUCGAUACUUGUAUUCGAAUUGGUCAAUUAACGUUCGUUUCCGUUCUUCGUAGCCCGCGUCUCGUAUAUUCCCCUCGAAAUUGAUAUUCUCGUGCGCGCAGAAACAUUAGAAGAAUUGGCUCGCAUAGCUUGAAAGCAAUCGUGCAAUUUCGUGGGACCAAAAUAGAACAGUUGGAAACGUAGCAGCGAUUGAAAGUAAUUGUUUUCAACGAAUAAAAGAUUAAUUCACAGUGGCAAUAGGCGCUGAUAUCGAGUCUCCCAGAACAUGAGCGGUCAAUGAAAGGUUUCAGAUAUUAAUGUUCUCAAUCUAGCUUGUAGACAAUGGUAUUUCAAAGUUCUCGUCGAUACUUUACUGUGUUCUCUUCAAGGUUUGCGUAAGAAAUCUUAUCUACCGCGACGCAUUUUCGCGUUUUUCACUUUCAACCGACCUAUGUGAUAAGAAGCGCGAUAUUAUAGGUUCACUUUGUGAAAUUCGUGAUUCCUCGGAAUAAGGUCGGCUUUACGCUCUAUACAUACACCAGAUGUUGUCAUGCGUACACGAAGACGGAGUUGCGAAUCGUGCGAAGAACGUUACGACGUGACAUUAACACCGUGACCCCAGCGCUAUAUAACCUCUCCACUAGCUCACCUCGACGGUGGUUUUUGUAAGGCUUUGUAAAGGAAUUUCAUCUCUGCCAAUCUUUUUAGAUAGAAGACGCGAAUAAUCAAAAUUUAAUGGGGAAUAAAUUGUAAAUUGUACAGCGAUAAAUUCAGGCGUAUAAGGCAUGUGUUUUUCAUAUAAUAAAAUAGCGAACGUAACAUUAAUACAAACGUAGUUUGAGUGAUUUCAAUGCGUCGUAAACGUACGAAAUGCGAAAGCGCAGCAAGGUGUUAUUUGAUCUCUGAUUCUUCGCAUGGUUUUUUCUUCCGCCGAUCUUCUAUCGUCUCGCCAUGUCGCAACAAUAAUUUCUUGCGAUUCUUGCCUCACUCUGACAUAAGAGCGUUCCUCAUCAGUUUCAUCGUCAUUUAUCUUUGUGCUACUAGCACAAACGCUUGGAGGUUUUGCGUUGAACCGUACAAGGCCACGCAAAGAUUGUUCAGUGAAUCUCAGUUUCUCUUGACCGAAAGAUGGCGAAACAUAGGACGUCGAAAACGGUCGAGAAAGCGUUUAACGAUUACUUGUAAACUCUGUGCAUAGUUUAAGCGACGUUGCCGGCGAUUUGUUGUCAUCUGCACGCACGAUUUAUUAUUGUUAACGCUCGUGCAGAACCCUCGUUACGCGUCGUGCGAGUUAUCUGUGUCUUUGAUAGAGCCGCCCUAUUCUCGGCAUCUCUGUCGACGUUACCGUAAAUAAAAGAGUUGAGAUUUCCGGAAGGAACGUGUCAGUGGUCCUGUUUCGCGCUUCAGAAUUCCUCUUUCGACCCGCGGUCGAACGAAUUUGACGGUUUGAAUGACGAGAGGAAGAGAUAGAGACCUUCGCGUCAUAGAAGAGCAGCCCUGUGAAAAGAAUCAAGGUUCGCGUUACAUUGUAAUUAAAUCAUUUUCCGUCUGUGAUGUUUAGAAAAGUCAUCGCGCGACGCAAACCAAAAGAAACGACCGCGAAACGAUUCGUACUGAUGCGCUCGAAUCACGGCCACUGAUAUUUCUUCUUAACCCUCUAUGGACCAUUUUCUCUGUUGAAAAUAACGUGAACAUAAAAUGUAAUUUUUUCAAGUUGUAACGAAUUUUAUAAAUUCCUCGAAAGUUCCGAAGAAAACGUCUUCGAAAGAUGAUCUCAGUUGGAUCGAAAUCACCUGACUUUUUAACCCCUAGACGACUAAAAGUUACAGUAAGGUAUUUCUGAGCAUAACUACGCGGAAUUUUAAUUAUAAUAAAGACAAAUUAUUAUCUCAUAGGGUCUUAAUAUUUAAGAAGAAACAUAAACAAAGUAAUCAUUUAUCGAUGUAUGGAAUGGUUUUAAAUGUUCUACAUAUAAUGGAAUAUUAUUGCUUGUACGAAUAUUAUUCCCGUCUUUGCUUAUGUUUGAAAUACGCAAAACGUGAAUAUUACGAGAUAGAAUAGUUUUCUCACUAUCGCUAGAAAUCAUACUAUCGUCAUAGCAUUUUGUACGCGUAAACGACCGUUCGAUGAAUUUCCUCUUGUGUCGACAAGGACAACGAACAAAGAACAAACGCAUCUGAUUGAAUAACAGUUGCUAAAUAACCAGUACAAUUUAAAGUAAUCGAAUAUCUCAUAUAUUAUACUAAUAUCGGCCGAUAAUCUGCAUGGCGUACCAAUACGCUUACGGUGGUGGCGGUGGUCAGUUCGAAUUCGUGGAAAGUGUAUUGGUACGUUUACGAUCGUCUAGGGGUUAAAACUGAAAGCCGUGUUUUCGCGCUGUAGUGUUCGACUAUCCCCACCACUUUGUUUCCCACGUCUUUGCAGAAAUAUCGGGCUCGAAAUCUCGAUUUACAAUUAGCGAGAGUGGCCGUUUGCGAUAAAUUGAGUUCGGCCCGACUCUUUACCUUUUUAAAUUGUCCCAGCGACUAAAAUGAAACAGCGAAACGACGUACCACGUAGUAAACACACUUGUUCACUGGACUGUAGGGGGUUGGCACACUCAUCGAUGCGUGUAUCGAAUAUAUUUUAAUAAGAUUAAAUGUGGUUCUUAGCGAUUCUUACGUAACGCAGCAUUCGACUCGCGCGAAGCGGAUCGUUCAAAUAUAUUUUUCAAUGUGCGUGUUAUAGAGACCAUGUAGCGCGUAUUGUCGUUGUUCGGAGACGAAACGCAAACGCGAUCGAUCGAUCACACGCGCGAUCGCUUAUCUGUAUUUGCAAUAUAUGUUAUUUGUUGUUCCUUUUGGGCGGACACGUUUUGGAAAGAAAGAAGAGAGCGAUGUCGGCCCAACGUUCAGGAACAGCGACCGCCAUGAUCUGCCAGAGAGAGAUAUUUAUAAAAGCGCGGUGAACUCGAGCCAAAAAAAGAAAAAAAAAACAACAACCGUGCUACUAUCUAUUCCCGCGAACAUUACCUACACGCACACGACGAAGGGAGAAUACGCUUCUUCCAUCGACGGAAGGGCCUCGUUUAUCUUUAUCAUACCGAGAGACGGAAGGGUAGAAAAAAGUAUCAUUGUAUUAAAAGAGAAGUUGUGAAAAAAAAGGAGGAAGGGCGUAAAAGCCCGCGAACACAUGCACGCACGUAUGCGACGUGUCGUGUAUGUGUGUUUAUAUGUAUAUACGUAUAUAUAUAUCUAUAUUUUUACGUGUAGAUAUUUUUUGGUAACUUGUUACGAUAAUUCUAUUAGACCAGUUAAGUAUAUACAUGCAUAUAUAUGUAUAUACAUAUAUAUAAAACUAUAAUAAUACAUGUUGUAAAUACAAGAAUAGCUGAAGAGAGCUUUGCGUCACGCGCGAAUCCUCGUCAGACCGAGUCGAGAAGACAUCAGAUGUAGGUUUGCUCGACGAUUCGCGAAAUGUGUUUUCUUCUGUGCCUGUAUACAAUUUUUAUUGCCCUCGGCAUCGACUGGUCCGACGCUCGUGCGACUUGGUUUCCGUUCUUUUAUCUUUUUUCUUUUGAUACAACGUGUAUUAGCAACCGAGUUCUUGCGAUAAUUUACCAGAGGUGUCGACGUUUGGAAUCGCACACCCUUUACGGCGACGAUGUCAAAUUGUAUUCGAAUUUUAUUUGAUACUUUCUGUAUUUAUGAUAUUUAUUACGUUUUUCUUUUUUCUCUUUUUCGUACGUUGAUCUAAUAAAGUUUCGAGCGAUACUCUCGCAA